GACGUUUUUCAGUUGGCAAACGAUACGAAAAGCGAACGCAUAACAGCGUAAAGAGUCGAAAAAUAAUAACUUUUCUAUUGGGCAUUUCUUGCAAUUGCUCUACGAUAUUGUUCUUGUGUGAUUAUUGGCAUUCUCUUUCCCAGUGUCGUGUGUCUGUGUGUCAUAUUCAAAGUGUGCCAUUAUCGCUCGGUUAUCGAGCAAAAUAAACCACGUUCAACAAAUUGGAAAUUGAAAAACAACAAAAACAAAAGAGUUGAGGUGAAAAACAACAAAAACAACAACAACGCAAAUAGCUGAAUUAAUUGGCGACUGUUCAGGGCGACGGCCGAUACUCAGAUUCUCCGUGUCCGGUUCAUUUAGUCGUUAAACGCACGUCGCGCACUCAAUACGUCGUUAGUUAGUUGGUUGUAACUACCGCCACCGCCGCCCACUCGAGCAUAAAGAACGCACCUACCCAUCGAUCCGGGGCGUGGUGUGAGAACUUUUUUAAUUGUCGUCCAGCACACAGAUAGCUGAUAGCAGAUCAUCACAAUGUACGGACACUCGACGCCGACCAUCAAAAACUUUGACUCGCUGAAAUCAUGGUCCGUCUGGGCAGGUGUACUUGGAGUGGUACAAGCCGUCAUCUGGAUAGGUCUAACGAUAACCGCAAUUGUUGCAUACACAUGUCAUAUAUACAUUACCAAUGAAAUGACUUAUGGCUCAUUUGUGAAGACCAUUUUCUUCGAUGUUUACUUCCAUGGCUCGUGCAAAAUGUCACCCGAUGCCUAUCAGAGCUAUGAUGACACCAUUCUCAAGUCCGUGAAGACUGUCUUCGAUCCCACCCAGAUCUUGGUCUGGGAUUGUGUCUAUUUGGCCCUCUCCGUUGCCUGGUUCAUCGUUUCCAUCGUGCUAUUAACUUGCGUACGAAAGGACAGUGUGAAGGGCACACUUGGCGCCAUCUACAGUUGGGCGUUCUUUGUGUUCGUCAUCAGUUGCAUGGACUUGGCCAUUGGCGUCAUUUUUGGCGUUGAUUUCAGUCGUUUCCAUGCAGUUGCAUCCCAAUACAAUGCCAACGACAUUAAUGCCGGUGUUGUGGAUCCGAAUGCAGCUCAACUGAUUGCUGGUGGCGUCGCUGCCAUGGCUAUGAUGAUUAUUUCAUUCAAGGGAUUCAUAUUGUGGUUCAUCAACGUUGGACUCUUGAUCUAUUUGCUUACGCGCGCUGUUCAAAUUGCUUCUGAUAACGACAGAACGGAUACGCUCUUCAUGCCACGCAAGGACUCGAAUGACAUUCUAGCCACCCGUGCACCCAUUCGUGCCUACGAAGAAGAGAGAGUGGAAGUGCAAGCCUACAACAAUGAUGCCUUCCUGCCCGAUACACGUUCCACGGCCGAGACAAUCGAAGUGAAUGAGGAGGCAAUUGUGCGAGCAGCGCACAUGUCACGCGAUGCCAAUCUGAUGGAUCGUCGAUUCCGUAGCAUCGAUGCCUUCCAGCAGUAUCCGUCACCCAAUCAGCCUGCAGCUCGUCAAUCGUCGCAGAAUCCAGUGCAAGAGACUGUUGUCGUGGCCACAGCGGGAUUCCCCGUACCUGACUAUUCGCCCGGUCUGAGUCCCGGCAAUAACGGUAUUCUCCGUCACCAUCAUCAGUACUAAUUUUUAAUGCGGCGCCCAAAAGCAUGCUUACGAUAAUGAGCUGAUAAGAAAUUGGCCUCAGUAAGAAUACGCAAUUUCUUUUUUUUCUGACAUGGAAAUACAUUACUUUUGAGAGCAAUAUGCCAAGUCCAGAGAUCCCUCCGAAUAAUAAGAUUAUGAAUUAUAAAUUUCCGAUCAAGCAUUUAUUAAAUUUUGAUUGAGCCCCCAAAAAAUAUCUAAUUUUAAAUUUCAAAGUUUUUGGAUCCAAAAACGGUUAGAAAAAUGAUAUCCGACAAAAAUAUGAUUUAACUCAUAAAAUGUUUCUUACCUACGAAAAUUUCUUAUCAGCUCAUUCUCGUAUAUUAUAAUAAUCCACAUAAUUCUCAAAUAGUUCCCACCCUGC